CCGCUUUCCGUUUCCAGAAAAGUUUGGAGAAAGUGAAUUUGGGGUGGAUUUGGGAGUAGUGCCAGCUCCCCCAGCCUUCUUUCCUUUCCAGAAGCCUCACUGUGCACAGCCUCAUCCUUUCUUCCCUUCCUGACACCUUGCUUCCCUGACCACUCCUCACUUUCGCUCCUGGGUUCCUCCUCCCCUCUCUGGGAUCAGCAUCUUCUCCUUCCCGAUCUCAUUCUCCCUCAUCCUCUCUAUCCCUGACCUUUUAACUAUUUCCACCCAGUUUCACCCUUCUCCCUGUCAUCCCCACAUUUCUUCUUUCUUCCAUCUUAAACCUUCCCCUCCCCACGUCAUCUCAUUCAUCGAACCCCUCCACUUGCAUGCACAUUCCCCUCCAUCCCUUUCCCUCCUCCUUUCCCUCCUCCUUUCCUCCUCUUUUUCCCUCCCAGCAAACUUCCACCAUGGAUUCUGGGCCUCCUUGGACCGCCAGCCCCACACGCAGGGGCACCCUCUCUGCCCUCAAUGCCACCACACCCUGGCUGGGCCGGGAUGAGGAGCUGGCCAAGGUGGAGAUCGGAGUCCUGGCCACUAUCCUGGUGCUGGCCACCGGGGGCAACCUGACUGUGCUGCUGACCGUGGGACAGCCAGCCCAGAAGCGCUCCCGCAUGCACCUGUUUGUGCUGCACCUCGCCCUGACCGACCUGGGCGUGGCGCUCUUCCAAGUGCUGCCCCAGCUGCUGUGGGACAUCACCUACCGCUUUCAGGGCCCCGACCCCCUCUGCAGGGCCAUCAAGUACCUGCAGGUGCUCAGCAUGUUCGCCUCCACCUACAUGCUGCUGGCCAUGACCCUGGACCGCUACCUGGCCGUUUGUCACCCACUGCGCAGCCUCCAGCAGCCCAACCAGUCCACCUACCCACUCAUCGCUGCUCCCUGGCUGCUGGCCGCCAUCCUCAGCAUCCCUCAAGUCUUCAUUUUUUCUUUACGAGAGGUGAUCCAGGGCUCCGGAGUACUGGACUGCUGGGCAGACUUUCGCUUCCCUUGGGGACCACGGGUCUACAUCACCUGGACCACUCUGGCCAUCUUCAUCCUACCUGUGGCCAUGCUCACGGCCUGCUACAGCCUCAUCUGCCACGAAAUCUGUAAGAAUCUAAAAGUCAAGACACAGGCCCAGAGGGUAGAAGGAGGUGGCUGGAGGACUUGGAAGAGAUCCUCACCUUCUGACCCAGCCGCAGCCACAUGGGGGCUGCCAUCUCGGGUCAGCAGCGUUAGCACCAUCUCACGGGCCAAGAUCCGAACUGUGAAGAUGACCUUCAUCAUUGUGCUGGCUUACAUCGCCUGCUGGGCACCCUUCUUCAGUGUCCAGAUGUGGACUGUGUGGGAUGAAAAUGCUCCUGAUGAAGAUUCAACCGAUGUGGCUUUCACCAUCUCCAUGCUUUUGGGCAACCUUAGCAGCUGCUGCAACCCCUGGAUCUACAUGGGCUUCAACAGCCACCUGUGGCCACGCCCCCUGCGCCGCCUGGCCUGCUGCGGGGGUCCCCGGCCCCGGAUGCGCCGGCAGCUCUCCAAUGGCAGCCUGUCCAGCCGCCGCGCCACGCUGCUGACCCGUUCCAGUGGCCCGCCCGCCCUCAGCCUCAGCUCCAGACUCAGCGGGAGGCCUGGGCCCGUAGAGUCACUGAAGGACUCGGAGCAGGUGGUUGGGGAUGUCACCACUGAGAUUGGCAUCUUUUAGCAAACGCUCCCCAGAGUGUGGCGCUGCCCACAGGGGCUAGUGGAGGAUCUCUGCUCAUCUCAGCACUGGGCGUAAAUGCUGGGAGCAUCAGGGCUGGAGUUCGGGGAGCCCAGUUUGGGGCAGGGUGAGGAGACCAGAAUGGCUGCUCCUACCCCUGGUUGUAUGUGCCCUCAUUCGCUCCCAAUCACACAUGCUGGGAGUCAGGGAAAAUCAAACUGCUCCCCUGAUCCUACCAUAUGCAUGGGGUGUCUGGGGACCACCCAGGUGGUAGUUGUGAGGCCCCAGGUCUGGGUCAGGCCUAGAACAGUCCUGUCUGGGGUUCACAGGCAGCAAGAACUCAGAGGUUGGUCUUCUCUGUUGGUUGCUUGACCCAACCUAACCUGACUAGCACAUCUCCAUUCAACCAGGAGAGGGAAGGAGUGAAAAAGUGUGAGGAAGACCCUAUCUGAAUUCUUGAUUUUUUUUUUUUUUGGUAGAGAGAGGAUGUUUAAUGAAGAAAAGUGAAUGGGAUGGGGGUUCACCUGCUAUGUCCCCCUGACUGCUGCCGGGAGGUGCAGGGUUAGCAGAGCACCUGGUAAUGAGGAAAGUCUGCAAAUGCUACUUCCCUUCUCUCCGUCCAUCUUUCAUUAUAAUCAGGGUGGAUGACAGGGGCAAAUGAUGCAUAUUCUCAGUGGAAUGACCCCGCUGCAAGUGAGUGUGAGAAAUAGAGGGGAUAAAAGGAGGAGAUGAAAAUGGUCACAAUAAAAAUACGAGUGGGAGGGAGCAUCAGAAGUGGCAGGGACCGGUCUCUCUCUCUCCUCCCCUCACGGGACCCGCACUGCUCCUUCUUCUGGGGCUGCAUGGAGGAGACAGCCUUUGAGAAAGUGCGACUUGGCCGUGGCUCUGGAUUUAUUGGAGGCUCUUCAGAGCUUCCAUACAUGUCACGUGUUUGCUAUGAGCAAGGCGGGAGCCCAGAGUUUGAAAUUUGGCUCCGCCUUCAGGUAUGACCUUGGGCUAGUCACCUCCCUUUCUGGGCCUCAGCCUUCUGCAGGACAGAGAUGAACUGUAUGGUCUUCGCCAGCUCUACCCCUUUUAUGACUUGGCAAGACUGGUGAAAGUUUCUCUAGGGAUAUUCUAACCAAUAGGCUGUUAGAAGAAUUGUUGAAUUUUCAUAAUGAUGUUUACGCCUUUUGACUCAAUUCUGGUGACUGUGGGUUCUGCCAUGGCCAUACCGUUCACUAUUGGCCUCAAUUCUGUGAUGCUGAUGCCGGGAGAGACAGCCUGGUAGGUAGAAUCUGGGGCUUUGUCCUGUUCAUCAUUAUCUCCAGUGGGAUUUAUACCAUGGGAUAACCUCCCCACCGUGAUUCUGGUUCAAAUCUGAGAGAUGGCCUUGACAGUGGAAAGCGCAUCAGCUGAAGUCAGGAGAACUGGGUCCUGGUUCUGCCACUGCGCCACCAACCAUGACCAACAUCAGGAAAAUGCCGGCUAAUUCUUGGCUGUCUUCAUUAUGAGGGUCAAAUAGGGCUGUGGAUGGGUAGGUGGUUUGUACACCCAUGAACUACACUAAGCCCAUGAACCCAUACUAUGUAGGGUUGCUUACCUAAUUAAGAGCACCUGAGAGCAGCUCUAGGGAACAGACUCACUCAGCCCUCCACUUCUAGGGAAGCUUGGAGGAGUGCCUUCUUUAAGAAGCCACUUAGCCCUAAGAAGACCCCUUAAAUUCCUUUAAAUAAAAGAACCUAAGCUGAGUGUUGUGGAUGAGCAAAGCAUCCCAGCCUUUCAAUACAUGAGAAAUGGAGAGUGGAACAUGAGCCCUAAUGGGACCGAGGCUCAAGGGGAGAUGUGGGAACCCACUGUCUCUCUUCACUGCAUCCUGUUGCUCAUGUCAGUCCCUGACGUCCAACCACCCCUUCCCUGUCCAUCUGCCCCGAAGGAGCUGGGCUUAGGAGCCUCCCACACCAGCCUGAGCUGUUGAAGUUGCUUGUUCCUCUGCUUACAUAAGUCACCCUCACUUCAGACCACAGUUCCUGACCCUGGUGUCCAUACUAGGUACCAAGUAAACGUUGCUCAUCGUGAUGACUGGGAGACAGAAGGGAUAUUAGCCUUGUAUCCCCAAACCUGGGUUUGAGUCCUGAUCUCACCUCUUUUCUACCUGUAUUGACGUGGGCAAGUAGUCUAAUCUCUUAAGCAACAGGUUCCUCAUUUGUUAAACAGAGAUAAGGAUGCCCACCUUGUUGGGAGGGAUCUGUGAGGCCAUAGACUGUAGAACACUCUUCUGAUGUUAGAGAAGAUAAUGGCCUGGCUCAGGAUUGCAUCCGGAGGGUGACUUCCGGGGCACUGGGCCCAGAAGACUCUAAGGAGAGAGGGGAGAGGAGUCCUGGAGUCAGGGUUGGCCAGAGCCCCUUCCAUGUCCACUCCAUGCCUUCUAUAGCAAAGAGUAGCAAAUAAUACCACGAUUAUAUUUCCAGCUUUGCAUCACACGAGGGGAUUUACUUGUGAUGGUGGCUUUGGGCCCCUCACUGUUCCUCCCAUGGAAAGGCUAUACUUGAUCUUUUCCAGAGAGCUGGUGCUGUCGGAUGUUGAGGCCAGUGGGACAACUGGACACUGGGAUGGCCACCUUGGGGGCCUGUUCCAGGAGGCUCCUGAAGGAAAUGGCAGGAUUGUGUCUGGAUCUGUGAAUGACAGCUUUUGCAGUCCUUGUAGGAAGUGCUCACAGACAUCCUGAAACGGCACAAGGACCUUGGCUAGGGUUCAGGGAGGUGGGUCCCUGUGGGAAGCAAGAAGAAAAUUCCGUGCUCUCUGGGUCACUCUCAUUUCUGACAGCCCAGCCCAGGAGAAAUUGAAUGAUGAUGUCCCUGGGCUGAGCUAUCCUGUGGACGCUGUGAAAUACAGCACUUCAGUCCCCUGGAACCCUGUGGGAGCAGUGGGGUAAGGGGUGGGAGGGGCGGAGGA